AGAUAUUGAGCUUUUUAAAAAAUAUACAUCCUGCUACUAUGUCUGUGGGACUCGAGUCUGGGUUCUCCAGUGAGGAGGUGCUGAACUCCCGCUUCCCACUGCACCGGGCUUGCAGGGAUGGCGACGUCGGUGCCUUGUGCUCCCUCCUUCAGUGCACCUCCAACCCGGCUGACCUGACUGUGGAGGACACCUUCUACGGAUGGACGCCCGUACAUUGGGCCGCUCAUUUCGGAAAGUUGGAGUGUGUGAUGCGUCUGGUUCAGGUGGGCUGUGGUGUGAACACUGUGACCUCCAGGUUUGCACAGACGCCCACUCACAUUGCUGCAUUUGGAGGCCACCCUGAGUGCUUGUUGUGGCUGCUCCAAACUGGUGCAGAUAUUAACAGACAGGACUAUGUGGGCGAGACGCCCAUCCACAAAGCUGCUCGUGCGGGCAGUCUGGAGUGCAUCAACGCUCUCUUGAUUCAGGGAGCAAAAGCUGAUAUGAGGAAUGCCAGUGGGCUGACUGCUGCUGACCUGGCCCACGCCCAGGGAUUCCAGGAGUGUGCUGAGAUUCUCUCCAAUGCCCAGAACUUCCAACAAAACAUGGCCCAGUCCCAUAAUGGAGUGUUUUUGAAUGGCAUGACCCAAAAAGGGGGCCACGCUCACCCCACUAUCCAGGGCCGCAGCUUCUUAAAUUGCGUGCCCAACCGAAAGAGGUCAUUUGAUGGCAUGGAAGCAAACCCAGUGAAGAAGGCUAGACCUAACGGUAUGGGCAUGCCAGAAUUGCUGAAUGGGAAUGGGCCACUGGGUGGUGCUGGAGAGGCCCAGAUGGAAAGCAUGACCAUGGAGUUGGCAGCGACUGUAACCUCAGGUGGGCCAGGACCCUUUGCAUUUGGGCUGAAUGGGUUUGCACCACCACAGGGACCAGGGCCCAUGGAUCAGUAUGAGGACCAGGGUGGACUGAACAGGUCGAGCCCCACAACUAAAGAGCUGGAGGUCAUCACUGUGGCAUCAAUGCAGACCCCCUGUCGCUGCACCAACUCUUAUGCCUAUCUGUAGAGGGCUUGUGUAUGUGUGUGUGUGCGUGUGUGAGAGUGUGUGUUUGUGUGAGUGUAGUGGUAUACUCUGAUAUUCUAAUUUGUGUAGUAUAUCUCUUUGGUAUCCAGCUAUGUUUUUUUGCAUAUUAAAUGCAUAAAGGCAUACAUUUGCUCUGAUUUGGUGGUAAGCAACAUUUGAAAGAUGUAUAGCGGUGUGUGUGUGUGUAAGCUGUAUUUUCUACUUUUCCAUGUACCUGAUCACACUCGGAUGCAUAAAAGUAGAAGGAUUUCUCUGUCAUACAAGUAUAUUUAAUGCAUCCGUCCAGUUACACAGAUAAUUGUUGUGUAAUCCUUAUUUUUUAGCUUUAUCAUAAAAGGUUGAUUUUUGUUUUGCACAAUUUUACAGAAAAGUUUUAGAAAACAUAAAAUGAUUGGCAUUCCCUUGGUUAGCUCACCAGUGCAAACAGAGGUCAUACUGGCUUUAUGGAGAAAAAAACAAAACAAACGUUUGUCAUGUUACAAAUAAGUCUUAAUUAUUGUGCAUUGUUGCACAAUAAGGGAAUAAAAAAGGAGACACUUAAUUUAUCAUCUGAAGAUGUUACAUUCAAAUGUACGUGCAUUUCAGUCACAUUUCUUUGAAUUAUUUACAGAUUUGACUUAUUCACUUUGUGUUGGAAUGGAUAAAGUGGUUGUAUGCUCAUACUAAUCAGGUUAGGAAAAGUGCAAUGUUUCUUUACAGUUUAUUAAGUUAACUGGCAAAAAGAGCAGCAUUAGUAUACAUGUGAAAUGUAAUGAAAAUAAAAUGUGUAAAAGGUUAAUUGGCUGCUCUCUUUAGGAGUGUUUUCCCCAGCUGAAUCAAUGACAAAUUCCUCAGGUAUUCUACAUUUUGAACAAAGCUCGAUUGAUGAGGACAUUAAUUUUUAAAACAACGAGCGAUGGUGCCUCAGCACUCUUGUGUUAUACACUGAGGAAAUGUCUCCUAAUGUUAAACUGCGACUGCGCAUUAGCUGCUGCAGUUUUAUAUUUAAGAAUGACCUUAUGCCAAAGCAAAUCCCAACUUGAAUGUAGCUUUUAAAGUAUAAAUAAUUCACUGUGCAGCUUUUCUGUAGAUUGUAGAUGUCAUGUAAGACAUAGUGGUGCAAGGCAUUUGGUUAAUCCUCAGUUAUUUCCUUUGCAUUCAUUGUGGUUGUGUGCUUUACAGAUUCUCAAGUAAGUUUACUGUGUGUGUGUGUGUUGGCAAAGGACUACAUGUUUUUUAAGUAAUUAGCAGGGCUUGCACAUCUACAUGUUAUAUAAUAACAACCUUUCUGAUUUUGAGAUUGAUAACGGGCCAUUUUACAAUCCGUAGUUGUAAAUAAGCUCAAGCAAUUUUGCAUGGGUUUCUAUACUGCAAAAAGCCUUAUUUUCUGAGCUGCUCUUAAUAGUUCAACUAUAACCUAAUUAUAAUAUUUCAGCAUUUACUGACAUUGGUGAGGGAAAUUCUUUCUUUUUUUGUAGUAGUAGUAGUUCAUGUUGCAGGUGGUGUCUGUUUUUGUUUUACAUGCCAGAAAGAUUGAGUGUACAGUAAUCCAAGAUGGAGCGCUGAGUGCUUAGUACUGAGCAGGCUUAGCUUUGUACUUGAUUAUAUAAAAUCAUUAAAUGUUAAAUUUUGUAAAUGUGA